CUUACCUAGCUUGAUGAGUGUCUGGGGCCAUUUUUGCUGUUCUAAAAAUAACUAGUUAGAAGGGCCUGGGUCAUGUUAAAACUGCGUAGAAAUGCAGGAAAUUAGCUUUAGGUUUGGGAAAAAGUUGCGCUCUUGCUUUUCGGUAUUAUGUAACGUUAUGACAAAAUCUCCGAGUCCAACAAACGCGUUGUUUCCGGAGAGCGUUGAUGGUCUUGAACAUACCCUUCUUCCUUACCGGUUCCCGGGAAAAAUCUGCAACUAAAAUGCGCUAGGCGCGAGAUAGAAACUGAAACGCAUGAGUCUGGUGGAUUCGUUUUCUAUAGUCUAGCUACUUUACUUGCAAAGUAUUGUAAUUUAAGAGUUUUUUUGUUACGGUUAGAGUUCCGUGUCGGUUGAACGUACGGGACUGUGAGGCAAGGCCGCGACAGUUGGGUUUGGGAGGUUUGCUGGACACUCCAAGAAGCUGAGGGGAAAUGUCCGGUUGGCCGCGCGGCAUGCAGAGUGAAGAUGGAGAUGAAAUGCUGUGUGUUGACACAGACUCUGAUGUGGCGGAACAGCGGGAGAGUUAUAAAGUUAAAGUGAAGUGGACACAUGAGGAGGAUGAGAAUCUAAAGAUCCUGGUGAACAACUUUGGAAAUAGUGACUGGACAGCUAUCGCCAGCUUCCUACCAGGACGAACAGAGUAUCAAUGUAUGCACCGCUAUAUGAAGGCUCUAGAUCCAGAUUUAAUCAAGGGGACUUGGACCAAGGAGGAGGAUGACAAGGUCAUUGAGCUGGUGAGUAAAUAUGGGACCAAGCAGUGGGCAAUGGUGGCCAGGCAAUUGAAGGGUCGCCAGGGGAAGCAGUGCAGGGAGCGCUGGCACAACCACCUCAACCCGGACGUGAAGAAGUCCUCAUGGACCCCAGAGGAGGACCUGAUCAUCUACAAAGCCCACUGUGUCCUCGGGAACCGCUGGGCGGAGAUCGCCAAGCUUCUACCUGGAAGGACGGACAAUGCUGUGAAAAACCACUGGAACUCAACCAUCAAACGUAAAGCAGAGAUGGGAGCAUAUGUUAUGGAUGAUGACGGGAGCCCACUACUACCCACUACUCUGGAGCAGGGCGAGGUAGAUUUUCGUUGUGACGUUGUUUUGGACUCGGAGCCUGAACCUCCAGAGGUGAUGAGGCAAUAUAGAGAGGCUAUAGCCCCCAUGCUAAAAAUUAGGCCAAAAAAGGACUCUCACCCAGUCAGGUCAAAGACGGUGGUGUUCCCGCCUGUCUUAGCCAAGAGGGACUCCAACAACCCCUGCUCUAGCUCCGGCGGCGUCCCCACGCUCCACCAGUCCCGCCAGAAGAGCAUCACAGAGGCCGUACUGCGGAUGAUAGCGGAGGACAUGCUGCCCCUCAGCUUCGUGGAGGGCUCAGGCUUCAGGAGCUUCAUGUCUGUGAUCGGCCCCCAGUAUCAGAGGCUGUCCCAGCGUGCCGUGGGCCUCCGGCUGUACGACGACGUGGAGAAGGCAAUCAAGCCCCAUCUGAUCCGCGACCUGAAGACCUGCUUGGCUGCCAGCGCGGGCGAUGCCGUUGUCCACGCCACCCUGGACCUCUGGGCCAGCCCCUACGCCGACCCUAUUGUCGCCGUGCAGCUGCACUUCCUGGAUGACGACUGGCACAUCCACCGGCCCACCGUGGCCUUCCGCCACAUCGGCCACAAGAACAUGAACGUGGCCAUGGCCCGGGAGCUGGAAGCCGUGCUGCUGAGCUACGGCCUGUUCCCCAACAACCUGGGUUACAUCAUCACCAACGAGGCCAAGCACACCAUCGCUGCCUACGACCUCUUCUGCGACUAUAGGAUCAUGUGCUCAUCUCAGAGGGGCGACCCGGACGAGGAGGAGAUGCUAGCCUUCCUGGGUGACCAGAUGCCCACAGAGGACUUCUCAGAGAUCCAGUUUGGCACGCGCGUGGGCUGUGUCGCCAACAUGCUGCAGCUGGUGAUCAAAGAGGCUCUGAAGAACUCUCGCGUGGUGGAGAACCUGCUGUCCCAGGUGCACAACGUGGUGGCCUUCUUCCGCCGCAGCGCCUACUGGAACGAGGUGCUGCUGAAGGAGUGUGGCCUGUCACUGGCUCCCUCACCUGGCAGCUGCCGCUGGAAUUCCACCUUUGUGUCGAUGCGGCGGAUGGUGCAGGAGGCGGUGUGGGGCUCGGUCAUGACCCUGCUUGCCCAGGCCCGCAUUGAGGCGAAGGACUCGUCCAGCUCCCCGCCCAUGGUGAGGGCCAAGCGGGAGCAGGUGGUGGACAUCAUCGGCCUGCUCGAGCCCUUCGAGGAGGCCAUCCAGGUGCUGCAGAGCGAUGCCGUCACCUUCUCUCUCAUCAUCCCCUCCCUGAUCGGCCUGGACAAGACCCUGGAGACCCGCUCCACCAACUACAGCCACUUCUCCAAGGGGCUCCGCUCCGGCCUGCACACACACUUCCAGCCCCUCAUCCUGCAGAGGGACCUGAUCCUGGUCACGGUGCUAGACCCCCGCAUUAAGCUCCAGCCCUUCGAUGACGCCAAGCAGGAGGGGGACACUGCCUCCCUGGCCGCCCCCUCCAAGUUACAGGUCCGAACGCUGGUCAAGUCGUCGGUCAGCGACAUGGAUUCCUGGAAACCGGUGAAGCAGGAGGAGAGUGAAGAGAGCCAGGAGGACUCUGAGGCCUCCAGCUCUAACAGUGGCAGCGGCAACCUCAAGCGCAAGUCCAUCUUCAGUUUCCUCCAGCCUGCGGCCAAGAGCAUGAAGCUGUCUGAGCUAGACCAGUACUUGUCAGAGCCUGUGAUGGAUGGGGACGGCUCCACCCAGGUUUUCUGGAGAGACGCCUCACGGUUUCCCCAGCUCCAGAGGGCAGCCAGGAAGCUGCUGGCUGUGCCUGCCACCUCAGGCGGCUUUGACCGACUCUUCCCCAUGGCGUCCUGCAUCGUCAGGGCCAAGAGGAGCCGGCUGCCCCCUCACACCACCGAGAGGCUGCUGCUCUACAGGGAGUCCCUGAGGGGGAAAGAUGGGAGGUCCAAUUCCAAUGGCUCCACUAAACAAUAGACAUGCUGAACACAGUGCCUGCUACUGUCCUAUAUAUCUCAUUAUCAGUCCUGUGUGUGCAGGGUCUCUUACCCUAAUCUGUUACUCAAUUGUCAUCCAAGUUUAUAUGAUUGAACAAUGAGCCGGGACAAAAACCUGCACACCAAGGUUUGAGCUUUGAGGGCUGAGUGAUGUCAUGUCAAGAAAUGUAACACAACAGAAAUAAUACCUCUAAUAAUAAUGUUAUUUUUGUAAUUAUGAAGUUAAUAAAUUGUAGUUAUCAUGGAAAAAAAUAGGAAAGAACAUGUUUGGAACACCUUGUAAUGAUGGCCAAUUAUCUUUGAGUGUAUCCUGGAAAUGUUUCUUUACUUUUUGUGUUUGGAGUUUGAAUCUGCAAACAGAUAUCAGAAAUGUAAUUUUCUACAUAAGCAUUUUUUUUCAUUACCUACUGUAGUUACUACUUCUUAUUUGGCAUCUUCUUUAAAGGGGCAAUCAGCAGUUGCUACAGCCAUUUUUGGACUUAUACAUAAAUUAUAUGUACCCAUUGAUU